CUUUUUCCCCUUCCCCCCUUUCACUUCCUCUUUCUUCUUUACCAAUGGAAACUCCAGAGACCAUCACCAGAGGCGACACCGCCAAAACGGCAGAGGUUUGCAAAGCACACGGCAUCUCGCCGGAAGAGUUCUCGGAGCUCCGUACUCGUGCAACAGCAGCAAAGGCGACCGCCUACUGCCCCUACAGCCAGUUCCGCGUCGGAGCCACGGUUCUGUCAAGCGAGGGCAAGCUCACUAGCGGUGCCAACGUUGAGAAUGCGUCGUACCCUGUGGGAACUUGUGCAGAGCGUGUGGCUCUCGGUACGGCUGUGACAAGCGGUCACCGUGGGUUCCGGGCCAUCGCCGUAGCUACGGAUAUUGCACCGCCUGCGAGCCCUUGCGGGAUGUGCAGACAGUUCAUUCGAGAGUUUUGCAAGUUGGACACGCCUAUUAUUAUGUUUGACAAGAAUGAGGAUUUUGUAGUUGUAAAGUUGGAGCAGGUCAGUCAUGAUACUUUUCUUACUCCUGGAUUUGCGAUUAAUGGUUUGCAGAUUUUGCCUAUGUCUUUUGGACCUGACCAGCUCCCACGUCCUGGAGCAGCAGUGACCGAAUAG